CGACUCACAGAAACUCGGAAGUCGUUUUGUUUGUCUAAAUCCACUUCCUGCUGACCACAGUUGAACUAUUUUCAAACAGGCCUGAAGUUAUCAAUACUUUCUGCGUCAUCACACCCUGCGCGCUUCGCUGCAACACCCGACUUACAGACACCGUUUCGCGGCGGUGAUGCCGCUUCUUUGCGGAAGGCUUCACUUGUCGGCCGCCUUGCACCGCUCGUUAGCUCGCCGCUAUGUAGCAAAGAUGGCAGGCAGCAUAGUUGGGAGUCUGUGACAACUUCUCACCAUGACGAGCGAGGCCGAGUCCAACGAGCACGACUAUGCCGACACCGCCGCCGAGCUCCAAGCAGGCGCCGGGGAGGAGUCGGCCAAAGCGGGCGAGCAGCGCGGCCGGCGGCGGGCGAGGGUCCUGGAGGACAAGACCUGCUGCUGCUGCUGCUGCAGCGGACACUUCGAGCGACAGGGCCGGGGCUUUAACAGGAGGGCCGUGUUCACCUUCACCACCCCGGAGGCCGCCCAGUGGGUCUUCCCGGACGCGGCCGCCGUCACUAAGAAGUCGUUUGUGUGCGAAACCUGCGCUCAGGUCAUCAGGACCAAGUGUUGGCGCAAAAACAACGGCAAGAGAGUUGUGUGGCUCAAACCUCCUUCCGCCAAACAGGUGAGUGUUCAACACAAGAAAAGGGGCUUCAGGAUGGGCAAGAAGAGCAAAGCAGCACUGCUGGUAAGCAAGUCUUGCUACAAGUCUGCCUUCAGGACCCUGUGGUCCGCUAAGGGCGCCAGGAAGCCCAUGAUGGACUUCUUGAGCAGAGAGCUGCGAGAGGAGAUGAAGGUGCUGUCGCGGCAUGCUGACAGUCCCUUCCACCAAAAGGUGUCGAGCAAGAAGCUGCUGUCCUUCUUCCCGUGGGGGCGCUGCCUGAGCUGGGCCCAGGAACACGCUCCGCUCAUCACCACCUGCCUGAGCUCCAUGUUCCCCACCGUCAACGCCCUCGUCAAGAGCAGCCACCAGCUGUCGCAGGAGGAGGCGCAGAUGCAGGUGGUGCGACGCAGCGUGCUGACGCUGGCGGUCCCGCUCUUCACCAGGAACAUCUGGAAGAACAACUUCCUGCAGGCGGCGCUGGGGGCCAAGCUCCGCCUUCAGGGCUGCUCCGGCGCCGCCCUCGACACCCUCAACAGCCUGGGACUUUGCCAAAACAAGGACACAGUCAGGUUACGGCUUCACCGGCUGCACGGCGGCGGCAAGGCGAACGGCGGACAGAGGCUGAGUGAAGAUCAGAUGGCUGACAUCGAGGAAGAUGACGUUGAGGACGAAGAGGAAGAGGAGGAGGACGAUGAGGACGACGAGGAGGAGGCUGAAGAGCAAGAAGAAGAAGAGAUGGAAAAGAGGAGAAGGAAGAAGAGGAAGAGAGAGAAGCACGAGGAAGAGGAGGAGGACAAUGAUGAAGGCUCUGAGCAGAGGAAGAGAAGGGUGGUGGUGGUACGACUUGGUUUGCUCAAGGGACACUCGGAGGUCGGGCGGUCUGACCUAUCGGCUCCCUGAUGUGAGCAGGACAGAGGCCCCGCCCUCAUCUGUCAAGUCAUCAAAACAAUCUGAGGGCAAAAUGAGCUCAUCUAACCUGAGGAAACAACAGGGGUCACAUGUUUAUUUGCAUCGUUUAAAUGACAGGUUAAAGCUCCACAAAGACUUCAAAGUACUGUAGUUUCAGUUUCUCACGGGUGGGAACAUUUUUGAAAUGUAUUUUAUAUACGUCUCAUUUCUUAAGGACAAAUCUGUUCUGGCCUUUUGAGUUCAAACUGAAGCCAAACUUGUAAAUAUCCCCAAUAAAAAAGGCUGCUGAUGCUGUCCAAGUAUUCCACUUCAAACAACAUGGCUGACA